UCAAAUACAUACAUUGAAAUUUCACAAUUCGUGCAUUUCUUGGGUGAAUUUACUAAACAUUUCGGCAUACGCGGCGGCCAUACGCUAGCCCAAGCAAGAGUUCCCUAUUUUGGCUGAAAGCCCACUGGACCCCACGGUAAUCAAUCUUUUUCGGCGCCUGGAAAUUUUGUUGAUUGGUGGAAACGGCCCGCCACCGGCAGUACCUGUGGUAAUCGUGGGCCUGGGACGAUGGUGCUGGAGACUACCCCAACGCCAAAAAGGUGCGCGGCGUCCUGCUAUAUUAACUGGAGGCCCAUUCGCUUUGCUCGCGUGUUGCUUGCCCGUUUGAAUUUUGGAUUGACACCAUCAAGUACCUAAUUACUCGCUAUCAAUGGCAAAGUACGCCGCCUGUGCGCUGUUGCUACCAGCUGCUGUCCUUGCUGCCUCUGGCGACGAUCAGGAUGGCCUCUUCCCGUCCUAUGUCUCGCUGUCGUUUGAAUUGAUUGGCUUCCCCGACUGGGCUGGAACUCGCGCCCAGCCCAACGAGUACUCGGCCAACAUGAUCAACAACCUCGUCAACAUCCAGGGGAGCCCGAUGAUUGUCCGUGUUGGCGGCAACUCUGCCGACCGUGCCAUCUACGACAAGACCCUGACGACUGCUACGUCGCGAGGCUGCCCCAAUGCCGACAAGGGCGCCUGGCAGUGCAUCGGCACAUCCUUUUUCGAUUCAUACGGCGCGUUCCCUGCCGGCACGCUCUACUCGCACAACUUCAACCUGGCGACGUGGAACUCUUCUGGCUUCGAUACCCUUCGCGACACCGUCCCGCUUGCGUGCAAUGCCCUGCGCGGCCAGCUUGAAGUCUUUGAGAUUGGCAACGAGCCGGAUCUAUUCAUCCCGCUGCGCCGUCCAAACACAUAUACCGUAGCUGACUACGUUGAUGAGUGGCGCAACGAGACAACCCGCUUCGAGAAGUAUCUUGCCGACGCCUGCCCCGACAUGACUGAGAACAACAAGUACAUGUUUCCGUCUGUCAGCUCGCCCGGUGCGCGGCUGCGCAUCCCGGACAUCUUCAAGGAGGGCGGCGACUCUCUGGAUAAGGUGACGCAGGUAUCGGCGCACAAUUACAUGGAUGGCGCUACGAAUCCAGGCGUCACGCUGCAGAAGACGCUGAUGAACCACACGGCUGUUGUCCGCUCGAUUGGCGGCCAUGUCAAGUAUGCCAAGUCGUAUACUGCACCUAACCCGGAUGCCAAGUAUAUUAUUGGCGAGCACAACUCCUUGUACGGAGGUGGUGCAGUUGGUCUUUCCGACGUAUACGGCGCCGCACUCUGGGGCCUCGACUUUUCCCUCUACGCCGCAUCGACGCAAAUCAUCAAGCGUGUGCACUUCCACCAGUCCAUUGGUUCGCCAUACGCUGACUGGGCUCCUACCGGACCGCGCCAGACCAAGGCUCCUUACUACGGUAAGCUCGCAGCCGCCACGUUCCUCGCACACUCGGACAAGAUCCAAGUCAAGACGCUGGCCAUUGGCCCGCGCGACGACGUAGACUCUGGCUACGCCGCCUACAAGGGCGACAAGCUCAGCCGCGUGGCCCUCAUUAACCUGCGUGAAUACGACUCUGGAUCGUCGGCGCAGCGUGGCUCCCAGACUUACACCGUCGGCGUGCCGCCUCGGUCUCGCUGGGUGGCCCAGCGCCUGACGGCCCCUGGCGCCCGUGAUAAGACGGGUAUUACGUACAACGGAUAUGCAUACGAGGCCGAGUCUCUGGGCAAGCCGGUUCGCGUGCAAGGUCUGGAGACGGAUCGGGUAGUCAGGCCCGAUAAGAAUGGUAAGCUGAGCAUCGAGGUUGCAGACUCGGAGGCCGUGAUUCUUGUUAGAAGCUGCUAG